GCUCCGACGCAUUGGGCACACCGUGCUGCUGCUACUGCUGCUGCUGCUGCUGCUUCGAUAGACAGAUACUGCGCGCCGCUGGAGAAACAAACAACGACAACGACAACGACAACACCAGGGACGAUAACAACAAUGGCCGGCGGCCGCGUCAGAAUCACCAAGCGCUACAUCGCCGAGGCGUUUGCCCCGCUGGCCAACGUCUCCGACCCGGCGGCCCGCGGCCGCUUCUUCGACUACGUCGUGCCCGACGUGACGUGGGCCGUCGCCGGCACGUCGCACUCGCUCGCCGGCACGCGGCACACGCUGCGGGCGCACUCGGACGCCACCUUUGACCGCCUGGGCCGGAAGCUGAGGGGGCCCAUUUGCUUCACCGUGGGGCGCAUCGUCCUGGACGCCGCCGAGGAGGGGGAGGCGGAGGCGGACGAACCCGAGCAGGAGCAACAGCAACAGCAACAGCAACAGCAACAGGGGCGGUUCGGCAGCGAUGGCGGUCGGUGGGCCACGGUCGAGCUGCUGGGCGUGGCGACGCGCAACACCGGCGAGGAGUACCGCAACGACUACCUCUGGAUGACGCGGUGGAACGACGAGGGCAAGAUGGUGGAGAUUAAGAGCUACUUUGACACGUACCUGUCGGAGACGGUGCUCAACGAGUAGACCACGGCCGCUAAAACAUGAUGCCUGGUGUCAACGUCGUCUGCGUCGGGGAGGAGGACAUGAGAUGGCGAUCUGGAAUUGGCGUCGACGAUGACGUGGACUGAGAGAGUUUAUUAGAUGAGCAGGGAGCUAGAGUGCGGUGCAUGCGGAUAUUUUUCUUGUUUUGUUUUCGUAUAUACAGCAUCGAUGUUCCCUUUGAUGCUCUGUUUGGUACGCUUUCCAGAGCUGUUGGGCGCGGUUGAGAUGCGGCUCUGCUGUCCGUUGCCGGGAGUUGGCUGCGUAACAGUGCGUUGCCUAUGCGAUGAACGUGUUCCUGGUGUAUGCGUGCGUGCGUGCGUGCGUGUGUGUGUGAGGUGGCAUACGUGCGACACAUUCUGCACUGAAACACACCCGUCGCCCUACGACUGCAUGCAUGGGGCUGCUGAUGACAUCAAUCCAUAUAAGGUACGGGCUUGUGUCGAGAUGAGGGCUCCCGGUAUGAGGGCGCUUUUGCAGUCUGCACGAUCGUGUCAGUGCUCGUGGGCGGGUUUGCGUCUUUCAAGCUCUCUCUCAGGGUAUGUAUCGUAUGUGUUAUUAACCGAGCGGGCGACCAAGGACAAGAGUCGUUGGCGCUGAUAUAUAGCCAAACGAGAACAGCGCUUGCGACAUCAUCAUCAUCAUCAUCAUCAUCAUCGUCACCCAAGGCUACGCAAGCAUAACACCCAAGCUGUCUAGGAGCGGAGAGGGCAUCCACACUCAUAAGCGCU